GGUCUCUCACCAAAGACAGAAGUCCCUGCUGUGCACCCCUGUGCUCCAGCUCCCCUCUCCCUCCUGAUGCUGUAGGGUGUCAUCUCACGCCCAAGAUAACAGAGCCACCUCAGCCCCCCUCCUGGAGCUAUUCUGGGCUGCUCUCUGAUCCUCCUCUUCCCCUGGCCCCUACUUCACCCCUCAGUGGGAGUAGGUGGGUGGGGAAAAGCCAGCCCACUUACAUAAGCCCACGGCUGGCUGCGGACCCCAGGGAGAUCAGCCUGGACAGCAGGUGCUUAGCCCCUCCCUCAGCAGCAUCUGAGAAAAUCUUCGGCAGGAGCCCAGCAUGGAGCCAGCCACCACACUGGAGGCGGCCUCAUGCUCCCAGCGGCAGGUGGAAGCAGCUGCUGGCCCAGGGGAUGCUGAAGGAACCCAGGUUUCACAUCUGCAGGAUGCAGCCAGGACCUCUCGGCAGCUCCUGCCCUCUAUUGAAGAGCACCCCAAGAUCUGGCUACCUCGGGCCCUGAGACAGACUUACAUCCGGAAGGUUGGGGACACAGUGAACCUACUAAUCCCAUUCCAGGGCAAACCCAAGCCUCAAACCACCUGGACUCACAAUGGCUCUGCCCUGGACAACAGCCGUGUGAGUGUGCGGAGUGGGGAGCAGGACACUAUUCUUUUCAUCAGAGAAGCCCAGCGUGCUGAUUCAGGAUGCUACCAACUCUGUGUGCAGCUUGGUGGGCUGCAGGCCACUGCUACCAUCAAUAUCCUGGUGAUUGAGAAGCCAGGCCCUCCUCAGAGUAUUAAGUUGGUGGAUGUUUGGGGCUCCAAUGCUACUCUGGAAUGGACACCUCCACAAGAUACGGGCAAUACAGCGCUCCUGGGAUACACGGUGCAGAAGGCUGACAAGAAGUCUGGGCUGUGGUUCACGGUCCUGGAGCGUUACCACCGCACCAGCUGCGUCGUCUCCGACCUCAUCGUUGGCAACUCCUAUGCCUUUCGCGUCUUUGCGGAGAACCAGUGUGGGCUCAGUGAAACGGCUCCUGUCACAGCUGACCUUGCCCACAUCCAGAAAGCAGCUCCUGUUUACAAGACCAAAGGGUUUGCCCAGCGGGACCUCUCGGAAGCCCCCACGUUCACCCAGCCUCUGGCAGACUGCACCACCAUCACUGGUUACGACACUCAGCUCUUCUGCUCUGUGCGCGCCUCUCCCAAGCCCAAGAUCAUCUGGCUAAAGAACAAGAUGGAUCUCCAAGGCAACCCCAAGUACAGAGCCCUCAGUCAGCUGGGGAUCUGCUCCCUGGAGAUCCGUAAGCCUAGUCCCUUUGAUGGAGGCAUCUACACCUGCAAGGCCAUCAACGCCCUGGGGGAGGCGUCCGUGGACUGUCGGGUAGAUGUUAAAGGUAAAGAUGGAGAAGCAGUGCCUAGGGUGCCAGUGUCUCCUUCUUCCACCCUCCAAGAGAAACUCAAGCCGAGAUAGAAAAGGCCCUCCCUUCGAUGAAGGACUGUUUGGCUCAUGGCUCGAGAGCACAGUCUGUCAAGGCAGGGAAGACCACAAUAGGGCAGGGGUGUAUCCUGGUAUAGGAAGAAGAACAUGAAACUGCUCCCUCACGUCUGCAUGCAUCAGGAGGCAGAGAGAGAUGAACACUGAUGCUCCUCACGUGUUUUCCUUUUGUCUUUUUAUUCAGGCUCCCAACCUAUGGGGUGAUGUCACUCAUGACCAGGGUGGGUCUUCCCUCCUCCAUUAAAACUCUCUAGGAACACCCUCACAGACGUGCCUAGAGGUGAUCGCCUCAGUCACUAGAUACAGUCAAGAGAACAUCAUCACCACUGACUGAGGCCCUCGUGUCACUGUCACCAUUAAGAUGCACUAGGAGCUCAUUUACCACCCAUUUCUGUCCAUCACAAUUCAACAGUGUAGGAAGAAUCACUAUUUUCAGUUUUUUUUUAAAGUACCAGUGUGAAAUAUAAGAGGAAAACUCUGUACAGUGAUGGUUAGCUAGGAGAUGGCAGAGAUAACUGUAUACAGUGAUGGUUAGCUGGGAGAUGGCAGAGAUAACUGUGUACAGUGAUGGUUAGCUGGGGAGACAGCAGAGAUAACUGUUCACCAGUGAUGGUUAGCUGGGAGAUGAUUCUCUAGAAUGCCAUCACCAAAGGCCAAGGCCCCUUGCUCAGAUCCCUUUCCUUUAAGCCCUGUGAUCUUCUGUCCCAAUCCAGGAAUGCUGCAGAAGUUUACUGGUUUUGUUUUGCUUUCCCCUUGGCUUGCUUAGGUAGCACUGCACUGUCCGCCUUCUCUAAGAGAUCCGUUCAUUUAUAUCCUUUCCUGCUACUUUGUCGGAAUCCCCAUCACGGAACUAGCAUAUUAUUGGGUUGGGGGAGGUCAUUUUAUACCUAUAUUCCAAUAUACCGUAAAUAUGGUCAUAUCACCCCAGCACAUUAUUUUGUACUUGGCUAUUUAUAGAUUUGUCUUCCAGCUAAACCAUAAGCUCGAUGACAUCGAGCUUUGUCCCCAGUGUCAGCCUAGUUGCUGUCACACAGAAGGUUGUAGCUAAAUAUUUGUUGCAUGAAUCAUGAGUGAGGUGGCCUUUAGAUAUCCUGUUCUCUACGUAUAGACCCCCCAGCUAGUCUCAUGCAGGACACCCAUUCCCAGUGCUCUGGGAGGAGGUUUUCCAGAGAUGUCUGCAAUGUUAACACUGAGAAAAAGUCUGUGUUUUUGCAGCUCCUCAUUAAGGCUGUCCUAGGAAGACAGGAAAUUUGAGGAAGGUAAGGAAAGAGGGAAAUGGUGUCUAGGUGGAUUAGUUCAUGCUCAGGCCAAUGCUGUUGAGUUUGGGAUGAAUGUGAGCCUCUCAACCAUGUGUCCAUGGUGAUUUUUUUUUUCCCCCAAGACAGGGUUUCUCUGUAGCUUUGGAGCCUGUCCUAGAACUAGCUCUUGUAGACCAGGCUGGCCUCGAACUCACAGAGGUCCACCUGCCUUUGUCCUGGGAUUAAAGACAUGCGCCACCACUGCCUGCCGUCUUUUCCCCCCUUAGGUCCUAACACUAUCAGCUCUUUGGAGGGACCUAGAAUAGAGAAAGUCGGCUUUUGUCAUAGCCUGCGCAUUUCUGCUUAGGUCAAUGAUAGAGAUGAAACCUAAUAAUCUUUGGAGAAUGUGAGCUUCUACCUAAUCAUGGUGUUCUGUGGGAAGAGCUGGGUGGGGACCCUAAGAGGAAGAGACCAGAGUCCCCACUGCCAGACCCGCACUGUAGGUAGGGGACAGUUCUGCUCAGUGUUCCGACCUCACCAUCAUAAGCGGGUAAGAAACAAAGUGGCUUGUCCCCAUUCUUUCAAAUUUUACGCGUUUCUCCCUGUUCAGCAGAAGAAAAUCAUUUUUCUUAAAUGUCAACAAUAACUUAACAUUUGGGUAUGUGGUUUCCAAGCCGCUCAUCACUGGCAAAGGGCCGCUUGGAUCAUUAUCUAGAAUGCGGUAGCUGUUUCGAAUUCCCCAUCAUUCACAGGGAAAAUGCUGUGUAUAAACUCAUGGCUGAGGUGAAAGAAAGGCCCAGGGCAGAACAAGAGACCUAGCUCCCAACAUUUCCUCUUGACUUUCAGCUCCUGGCUGAAGAAAAACUGAGCACGAAUUCGAUCCUCCAAGCCAUUUAUUUAAGCCCAUCAACGAUAGGGAGCAAAUGAAAACCCUAUGGGCUGCAUUAAAUGCGCAAACUCUCCUCAGGAGAGCCUUCUCUGCCAGCUGGCUUAUAGACGUUUCUCUCCCUCCCCGCCCUCUCUGUCGAUACCGUGUUGUGUCAGUGUUGACCUUGCUAUCCUUGGUUCCCUUCUGGCUCCCAGCUGGUGCUCAGGAGCAAAGCACGGUGGGCAGUGAAUUUAUAGCACUGGACCCAGGGACCAUGAAGAAAGAUGGUCUCAGAGCAUCCUGGAUGCACUCUGCUCGUCUGGUAUGGUGUUACUAACACAGCCUCUCCUUGCAGGGCCUCCGGGAAGCAGGACCAACAAGACUGUAUUCUUAAGGAGCCUUAGCUGGCUUGGCCUA